AUCAACCAUUGCUAGAGAGACCCCACCAUUUUGAUAUCAACCUCUACAAUGAACGGUCCAAUUAACCCCUUACUCAGUUGCACAGCUCAUAUGUGAUUUCAAUGUCUCUGUCUCUCUCCCAGAAAAGAGUUUUACGGAAGCAAUGGAGCACAGAGAUGACGCUAUUUUUUCUGGGGAAAAUAAACGUUUCUAACUGAAAACAAACUUGCAUAUGAAUUAGGAUGAAAGUUGAAUGUUUUAGAUUUUGUGGUGACAAGUGUUGCGGGGAUCUUGUUGCAAGCCAUUCAGCAUAUUAGGCAAGUUAUAUAUUUCUUCACUAAGAGAAUUUGGGGGGAAAAAAAGGUCCAAAAAAUCGGAUUGCUCGUUAUUGUGGAUCUAUGCUUUCUUGCCUUCUAAGCUGGUUGGCUGACUUAGAUGGAUGAUCCCUCUCUGGAAACAAAUAGCAGCGCUCUAACUGACCAAUACCCUUUGCUAAUGGAGCGUGUGGGAAGCCAUAAUGAUCAUGAGCACAUAAUUGACAUAUCUAGAAAUGGCGAUGCGUCAUCAAGCUCUUCUCAUGAUGAUCAGCCACCUAGGACGGAUUCAACUCAACAUGAAGAUAGACCAUCAAGUGGCACAAGGCCCCCAACUUAUCAAACUUCUUUGGCUUCGUCAAAUAGAUUAAACUCUAGGACUUCGUCGUUCAGGAGAAGAGGUGAUGGCUAUGGUCGUCGCCGUAGGAGCCCAUUGAAUUCUGGGCUUUGGAUCUCUGUUGAACUAGUUGUCACUGUGAGUCAAAUUAUAGCAUCUGUUGUUGUUUUGUCAUUGUCAAGAAAUGAAAAUCCUCAAACCCCAUUGUUUGAAUGGGUCGUGGGUUAUGCAUCCGGCUGUGUUGCAACACUUCCUAUUCUUUACUGGCGAUAUCGUAACCGCAACCAGAGUACUGAGCAAGAUUCUUCUCAAUCACAUCAAGGCUCUUCUCAAAGCAAUACUCCUGAACCUACAUCUUAUACUGCUAUCUCUGCCACUCAAUCUUUAGAUGAGGAAAAUAUUCAGAACUCAGAAAAUUUCUCAAGGAACAAUCAACUUGGAACCCUAAGUGCACGACUCAAUGGAUUAGUGGACCAUUUCAAGAUGGCCUUGGACUGCUUCUUUGCAGUCUGGUUUGUUGUGGGCAAUGUCUGGAUAUUCGGAGGUCACUCUUCACCCUCUGAUGCACCCAAGUUGUAUAGGUUAUGUAUAGUGUUUCUUACCUUCAGCUGUAUUGGAUAUGCCAUGCCUUUCAUACUAUGUGCAACGAUAUGUUGCUGCUUGCCUUGCAUAAUUUCUAUUUUGGGUUCUCGCGAGGAUCUUUCUCAGACUAGAGGGGCUACCCCAGAAUCUAUAAAUGCUCUGCCAACGUACAAGUUCAAGUUGAAGAAAAAUGGGAAUGCUGAGGAUCAGGAAAUCAACUCGGGUGUGAAUGAAGGUGGGGUCUUGGCUGCAGGAACAGAAAAGGAACGUGCCAUAUCAGGGGAAGAUGCGGUUUGUUGUAUAUGCUUGGCGAAAUAUGCGGACGAUGAAGAGUUGAGGGAGCUGCCCUGCUUUCAUGUCUUUCACGUGGAGUGUGUUGACAAAUGGUUAAAGAUCAAUGCUUUAUGUCCGCUUUGUAAAAGUGAGGUUGGCGAGUGCAGUGUCACCUCAUCUUCAUCGAGAGACUCCGGCCAGCACUAGAAUGAAGAGGACAGGAAAUCGGCGGCAGAAUGUGACCAACAUAGGGGAUAUGGUUUAUAAGCCCUCAAGUCUCAAACCUCAAUUGUUGGUGCAAGCUUGGAGCGGGGUCUCAUGGCAUGCGAAUGCCCCUGCUAAAUUCCAAGCACAACAACAAAUUCCAUUGUGUUGUGCAGAAUAAUACAUUUGUGAUUUGUAUCUGUCUGAGACCUUUGGUCUUUAGAGAGGUAGGUGGUUUGGCCCUAGCAUCAGAUAAGGCAUAUACACACUUGUGUUGUUCCAAGUGUAUCUGUAAGCCAUAUCUAUGAGAAACCGAGCUUUGUAAAAAAAAUGACAUUAUUUUCCAUUCUUGGUUGGAGAAUGUGUUUUAUAAGUAUACUUACAUAUGUACAUUAUAAUUACUAAAUCACGAUGGGUUUUUUUCUCU